GCGAGUGGAGAAAGGGAUGGCCAGGCGAAUACUCAAACUAUUUCUCCUUCUGGGGCUGUUUUUGUCGGGGACCGCCGCGGCCGGUGGAGGGAACCGAGCGGGAGCCGUGCAUGACGAAGACCGGGAGAAGGAGACCGACGCGGAGAGCCCGUGCGAAGUUAAAACCGUGACCGUUUCUACCCUGCCUGUGCUGAGGGAAAACGAGUUCAGUUUCACCGGCGGAGGCUCGGGAAACGUGGCCGGAGGGGAAUCCCGACUACUGUUGUUUGUUCGGACUGACCUGCCUGGAAGAAUAUCUGUUCUGGAUGAUCUGGACAACACUGCGCUUCCGUACUUCACAUUAGAGAUGUCGGGGACGGGAGCGGACAUCUCGCAGGUGCACUGGAAGCAGCAGUGGCUUGAGAACGGCACCCUGUUCUUCCACGUGUCCAUGAGCAGCUCGGAGCAGCUGUCCCAGCCCACGCAGCCCAGCCCCAAGGAGCCCCCCAGCACCAUCCACGAACACAUGCACCUCCUGCACAUCUCUGUUAUGGGUGGCCUGAUAGCCCUCCUCCUCCUCAUCCUGCUCUUCACGCUGGUGCUCUACACCCGCCACCGCUGGUGCAAGCGCCGCCGCGUCCCGCAGAAGAGCGCCAGCACCGAGGCCACGCACGAGAUCCACUACAUCCCCUCCGUGCUGCUGGGACCGCAGGGCCGAGACUCCUCCUCCUCCUCCUCCUUCCGGGGCUCCCGCCCGCUGCACCAGCACGGCUCCGUCAUCGGCAUGCCCAUCCGCGAGACGCCCAUCCUGGACGAUUACGACUGCGAGGAGGACGAGCACCAGGGGCUCCAAGGCGUGCAAGGGGUGCAGCAGGGCAGUCACGCUGCACGGUGGCGGCGUGGGGCCCAUGGAUGA